AUGGAUCUACUAGUAGAUAGAAUGGAGAGAAAGGAUAGGGAAGGUGUUCCUGCGUUUCUCUCUAUGGGUGGGCAGAAUAAAAGAUGGGGGAUGGAGAAGUUCAAAGCUCCCUCAGUUGAGGAAGGUUCCACUAAGGAUACCACUACCAAAUUACAGAAGUCACCUCUCAUAGUGGUAAAUGAUGUCCCUAUAACUACGAUGAACACCGAAGAACAAGACAGGUCCAUGUUAAAUUUGCAACGAUAUUUUUCGAAUGGUUAUGAUGAGCAUGCUAUGAUCAGUGAUUCAGACAGUGAGGACGAUUCCAGAGAUUAUAGUUCAAGGAAAUUAAAUGAGGGAACAAGGAGGGCGAAGAUCAUACCAGUACCUACUACAACUGGUAGUAGUGGUAGUACUAGUACUACAUCCAUGAGAGAGUCUGGGUUUGAUGUAUCGGCAGCCGGAACAGGAAGAUUUAGUGACUUAGAGUUUAAUUUCCAUGUGAGUCCCAAGAGUCAUACGUUAGCAGUCUCACAUAGUCCCAGUCGUGUAAUGCCGACACCUUCCAUGUCUACAACAGAGGAAUCUCUAAUUAGUCCCAGAGAAUCUAGAAAUGGAUCGAUAUCAGAGAUGUCAUCUAUGCAUCGUCGAAGUUCUAUGUUUCUUUCAACACCAAGUUCUGCAUUCAUGAAGAAUGGUAGAUCAAUGUCUAGUCAUUUCAGUUCUUCAAGUAGUAUGAACAAUAAGAAAAGACUUGUCAAUCAAUUUUUAAAACCUAGUGAGAUGGAAAAUGAGCCCUCGCAGGCACAAUAUCAUUCAACGGGACAACUUCACCAAUUGCAUCGUCCAUCAACAUCAUCAUCAAGCGGAAUAUCCUCAUUGCAUGCACCUUUCAGUACAAUGAGAUCAAACGAAUUAAACUUACCACAUCGUGAUAGCAAUACCAGUUCGUCAUCGUCAAGUUAUACCCAAUUGCAUAACGUGCUUCUAAAAGAUUUAGAUUCUUCAAAACAACCAUCGAGUAAUCAGGGCUGGACCCUAGGCUCGUCAAGUUCUUCACCAUUCCCAUCAAUUAUGAACAUGGAUAAUAUAAGUUCUUCUGAGGGGUCGAAAUCAGUUAUCCCCAAGACGAUUGCUCCAGAAUUUCGUUCAGUGAAUUAUAAUGGCUCCAAUGCACCCAAUAAAGCGGCUGGGACAUCAAAUUAUCAACCACAAAAUGAAAUUUUAAAAACUAAAGACGAGGAUCCCGAUAUGUCAUUAUAUUAUGAGAAACAUAUACAUAAGAGUCUUUCGAAUUUGCAAUCAAAACUUAAGGAGACAUUUCAAAACAAAGUCAUACAAGAAGAGAUCAAGUUCACUACAAUGUUGCAACAUUUCGAUCAACUGAGUGAAGAUUACGAUAAAGUUAAUAAAAGUAUCCGUGAACUCCGAGAUGCAAUGGAUAACAAUUAUAACACCAAAGUCAAACAACGAUUCAAUUUAACCGAUAAAAAAUCGUUCCAAUGUCAGAUGAAUUGUACGAUUGGCGACUGUGUCAAGGAUCUACAGAGUCUCGAGGCCCGUAUGCGUGCAUGCCAGGACAAACUGGCUUCACAAAAAGAAACUAUCCGCAAAUUCGACAACUUGCUGGUAGUCGAGAAUACUUUGCAAGAGCUUGACAAGAACACAAAUUCAAUGCAUAAAUACAAAUAUUUCGUCUGUGAUGUUGUCCUCGUGAGCAUGAUAGCUAUGGCAAUAAUGUUAUAUAGACAUACCCCCUCCAUAUGA